AUGGAGAAGUUAUUGUUCAGUUUGUUAACAACUCAGGCCCUUGCUUUGUGCUCCUUCACCCAGCAUUGUGACCAACCUCCUUAUAAUUGUGACACUCCGAAACCAGUAAGCCCACCAUACCCUCCUUUUAUGGAAAAUUUCACAGCUCCAUAUGCAUGUCCCACAUUUUUAGGUCAAGAAGUUUGUUGCAAUGAUGACCAGAAUGCAGCUAUGAAUUAUAAAUAUUUUCUAUUAGACGAGACAUUUGGGCACACUGUGGGUGGAUGCGAUAUUUGUGCGUCUAAUAUGAAAUAUAUGUGAUGCCACUUUACAUGCAAUCCUAAUCAAGCACAAUUUGUUCAAGCGGGACCAGUAAUAUAUGUCCCUAACCCUGUAAGUCCUCACUCCCCCAUCCUUGAUCGAACGGCUUGCCAUCGUUCGAUCAAGGAUGGGGGUUAAAAAAAUUUUUUUUUAUAUACUUUUAAAUAAGAGGGUUAAGAGUAUUUAAUAAUUAUUUUUAUAGCAAAAAAAAUUGAAUUAAUUUCAUAAGAAUACCAAUUUUUAAUAUUUUGAUUUUUUGAUUACCCCUUUAAACUGUAUAAAUUUUAAUUUGUUCCUUAUUGAAUUAAAAAUUUUAAAUUUUAAAGAAUCUCUAUUUUUAGAUUAUUGAGUUUUUAAGCCGAGGUUGAUGACUAAAGCACUUAGGAUGGUUGAUUCCGUAGCUUUUUGUCGUCUCAAAGCCUCUGACAACAACUUCAUUAGACACACAUCUUCCCAAGCUUUUGAUAACUUAUAUAUUUUUCCAUAUAUAAAAAUUUGCAUGAUAUGAAAAUCGUUCGAUCAAGGAUGGGGGCCAGCAAAAAGUCCUGACAAUGCUUACUAAUUUCACAGUCACAAAUUCUUUAUCUUGCGAACUUUAUCAAUCCUGCCAAAAAUGCCCUUACGUCACACAAGUUUCAGCAAUGCAAAGUCCUGAAGGCUUUUUACAAUUUCAAGGGUAUGAAGGGAUUUCUAUUGAGUUUAUUUGGACAACUUUUCUGUUUUCUGAUGGGCCUGAAGCUUUGGAUUUAGAACUUUUGCCUUGUAAUACAAAUGUGACGAGCAUGUUUGGGUAUAAUAUUCAGCCAUGCACAUGUAAUAACUGUCUGAACUCUUGUGCAGCAAGUUAUUAUGUGUCUUCUCCAUCAACUCUUGAAGGGCUUGAUUGGCCUCUGGUUGGAAUUGCUUAUUUGGUGAUUCUUGGGGUUUCUAUGAUAAUCUUUUUUUCAAAGUAUGCUUGGAAAAAGCAUCAAGAAAAGAAAAUGAGAGAUAUUCAGCCUUAUGAAGAGCAUCAGCUAACGGACAGUUUGAAUAGCUCAGCUUCUUAA